AUGAAAAGUUCACAUCACACCCUCAGAUGCCAGUCUACGUUGCUGAAAGCUAUAUUUUUUAUGCUUCUAAUCUCAGCCAAUGAAUCAUUGAUUCUACGUAGAAUGGAACAACCAAGAGAGCCAGGAUACUACUGCAAUAAGAAAAGAUAUCUAUUAAAAGAAGUUGAAGCGGCUCGUGAAGCAGCUUGUCGGGGAUUUGUAUCAACAAGAGAAGAUGCGAGACGACCUAUCAUUCAUACCAAAGGUGAUGAUGUCGAAAAUUUAAUGUUUGAAUGGUCUCUUCCUCCGUCGAAGGUUCGAAAUGCCAAAGCUGAAGGAAGAAAUUACAAAGGAAGUAUAGUUUUAAACAACAGCUGUGAACUGAAAGGUGUGAUUUAUUACGACCAUAAAUCAAAAAAGAAUCACCCUUGCCAUAAGGUACCCGAGGUCUCAAUAAGCACAACUUCAGGGAAGGAGCAGCUCUCCAAGAAGCCUGCUGUUCAAUGUGGAUCAUUAUCAUGGGAAAUAGAAGAGAUUCAACAACUCGCUGUUUGCGACUUAUAUAACUCACAGCAUGAACUUGUUGAAGUGAAGUACACAUCUGAUCAAGUUGAUGGUCCAUGGAAGAAAAUCUCGAUGAUCAAAAUAGUAAGAAUAAGUAAUCGACCACAUGAAGUACAAUUUGAUAUUAUAGUAAACAAUAAAGAUGAAGUUCGCGGCAUAGCAGUUAAGCAUCACAUAUGGUGGUAUCAAACCAUGGCCGAAAAUUUUAAUAAAGACAAUAUUUACCUCUCAGUCCAGGAAAAAAGGCCUAAAACACUCACAAUCGAUCUCGUAUGUCCAUACGACAAUACUUUUCCGCUUUAUCCUCCGAAGAUGAUGCCAAUUGUAUCAAGCUCCCGUAAGCGCAAGACUUUGGCAUAG